AUGGCAGAAGGAUCUUCUAAACGUAUUACAAUUUCGGUAAAAACACCCAAAGAAAAGAAAGAUAUUGAAAUUGAUGAGGAUUCGUCGGUAGAAACGUUCAAAGCUAUCGUCGCUGAGAAAUUUGAGGCCGAAGUUGAGCAGUUGUGCUUGAUUUUCGCUGGAAAAAUCCUCAAAGAUGCAGAUUCAUUGAAAGCGCACAAUAUUAAGGAUGGACUUACAGUUCACUUGGUAAUUAAAGCACCACCAAAACCGGAAGCUCAAGGACCUACUCGGAGACCGGCUGAUGUUAGGCAAACACCUUUUGGAUUAAAUCAAAUUGGUGGAAUAUCUGGAUUAGAAGCAUUAGGUGCAAAUUCCAAUUCCUUUAUGGAUAUUCAAGCAAGAAUGCAAAAUGAAUUGAUGGGAAAUCCAGAGUUGAUGAGAACAAUUUUAGACAAUCCACUCGUUCAGCAAAUGUUAAACAAUCCAGAUACUAUGCGUUCCUUGAUUACGAGCAAUCCUCAAAUGCAAGAUUUGAUGUCACGCAAUCCAGAAAUUUCUCAUAUGCUCAAUAAUCCUGAAUUAUUGAGACAAACAAUGGAGUUGGCAAGAAAUCCAGCAAUGUUGCAAGAAUUGAUGCGUUCUCAUGAUCGAGCAAUGUCCAAUUUAGAGUCAGUUCCAGGUGGCUAUAACGCAUUACAUCGCAUUUAUCGAGACAUUCAAGAGCCAAUGUUAAAUGCAACUGGUGCAUUUGGAUCAAAUCCAUUUAGUGGUUUAGUCGAUACAGGAAGUGCUGAAAAUCCACAACAAGGUAAUGAAAAUCGUGAACCAUUACCGAAUCCAUGGGGCGGCCCUGGACCAAAUAAUAGCAAUCCACCACCACCAAACAAUGUCUUAAACACUCCAGCAAUGCAAAGCUUAUUACAGCAAAUGAGCGAUAAUCCAGAAGUUAUGGAAGGUAUGAUGAAUGCACCGUACAUGCGAUCAAUGAUGGAAGCUUUACAACAGGAUCCAAACAUGGCUGCAAAUCUCAUUAGUCAGAGUCCAUUACUACAAUCUAAUCCAGCAUUACAGCAACAGAUGAGAACAAUGAUGCCACAAUUGAUUCAACAAAUGUCAAAUCCAGAAGUUCAAGGAAUGAUGUCUAAUCCUCAAGCAUUAAAUGCAAUCUUGCAAAUUCAACAAGGAAUGGAACAAUUGCGUCAAGUAGCGCCUGGUCUUGUUGGAUCAAUGGGAAUUCCUCCACCUCCACCAGGAACAAAUCAACCUCCUGUAACUGGAAAUGCGCCCAAUCUUGGGAAUCAACAACUUUUCAAUGAUUUCAUGCAACGUAUGAUGAACGGAAUGACAAAUCAAGGCACACAACAAAAUUUACCACCAGAACAAAGAUAUCAAUCACAAUUGGAACAACUUGCUGCUAUGGGAUUCGUCAAUCGCGAAGCUAAUCUGCAAGCACUGAUUUCGACUUUCGGAGACAUUAAUGCGGCAGUCGAACGUCUCCUCGCUUUGGGAGCAUUGUCAUUAAGAUUUAUAUAUUCGAAGAUCUCAAGCCAUAAUUCCUUUGGAAGAAAUUCCAUAUUUAAAUCGAACUUGCACUUGACACUGAAAAUUUUCUUUGUUUAA